AUGGAGCAUACAUUUACCGCCACUUUUCGACCAAGACACAAGACUGAGGGCCCUGUAGCUUCCAGCCAUAACAUGCUCAAAAUUUUCGCAUCUGUUGGCCAACUCGUCUACGCUGCUCUUACUCUUUACGAAACAAGAGGGAACCAAAUUGCCACAUACGGGUAUGCGGCGUUUGGGUUCACGGUCACACCGUAUAUUUUGAUGUCCAUGUUGAACUUGAUGGGGAAUCUGAUAUGCCCCCAGUACUCGACGAUGUUUCUAGUCAACUCUCCUGCACUGGACAAACUACGAAAUAAACUGAAGGAAAAUGGGUUGGCGCAUAGAUACCCCUUGGAUUCAGCAAUGGGCCGAAUUAGCAAAGAGACCGAAGAACGUGUCAUCUACUCUUACGGAACUGUCCUCCGAGAAAAUAAACUCACACCCAUGACCCUUGAGUUUUUGUUUCGUUCCGAAAAGGAUACAGCGCGAACGACAAUACCGCUGUAUAUCGCCGGCGCCAUUGCUGCAGCGCCGGUGGCUAUUGUCGGCGCCAUGUCCUUGUUCCAGCCAGGGAAAAGCGCACCUCAUCAACGGGUCUGGACUAUGCUUUGGCUUUGUUUGGGGUCUGUCGCCGGCCCUGGUCUUGGCUCUAUGUCAACAAUAUUUGUGGAAUCCAGGCCAGUUCUUUGGAGAUUGAACAGUGGGCCACAAGAAGAACACCGACCCCCAGGCAAGGAGAGAAAAGUCGUAUGCCAACGUGAGCCCUUGCCAUACGUUUGA